AUGAUGAUAGUAUCAAAAUAUUUUAAUGAUAUUAAAGAUUUUAUUAAUUUAGAAAUUGGAAUUAAAAGAUAUAGAGGAAAUAUGGAACGAUUUCAUUUUAAUCCAAUUCCAUUAAAUAAAUAUUCAAGAAGAUUCUUUCCUAAUAUUGAAACAUUUCAUAUUUAUAAUGAAGAAGAUGAAGAAUUUGAUGAUGGAAGAAUAGCUAAAGAAGUAAUAUGGUAUACAGUAGAUUAUUCAAGAUAUUUAAAAGAGAAAGAAGCAGGAAAUAUAUGUAAAAAUAUAAAAUAUACACAAUAUGAUAGAGAUAUAUAUGGAAAUAUAAUACCUCCAGAAGUUAAAUCACUUAGAGAUUGGUGUUUUAAAAAUUGUGAUGAAUUGUCAUCUAUUACUAUACCAACACCAAUUACCAAAUUAGGAAAUAAUUGUUUUGGUGAAUGUACAUCAUUAAAAACAAUUAAUAUACCAACAUCAAUUAAUGAAAUAGGAUGUUGGUGUUUUGAAGGAUGUAAAUUAUUGACAUCUAUUACUAUACCAUCAACAAUUACUGAAAUAAGAAAUAACUGUUUUUGUAAAUGUUCAUCAUUAAAAACAAUUAAUAUACCAUCAUCAAUUAGUAAAAUAGGAAAUUGUUGUUUUGGUGAAUGUAAAUCAUUGACACUAAUUAAUAUACCAUCUUCUAUUAGUAAAAUAGGAAAUGAACCUUUUGAAGAGUGUAAGUCAUUAAUAUGGAUGAAUAUAGAUAAUCUACAAUUUAUAAGUAAAGAAAGGAUAUUUAUGAAUGAACCAGUAUUAAUUAGUAUUAAAAUACCAGAAAAUCUACAAAUAAUCAAUGGAAAGAAUAUUUUCAAGAAAGAUAUUAAUGAAUUUAUUAUUCCAUCUUCAAUUAGUAAAUUAGGUGAUAGUUGUUUUUUCUGGUUGUUCAUCAUUAAGAUUAAUUAA